UAGACUGAGGGUGAUCUCUGAGCAACUGGAGCCCCAGAGGUGCAGUGUGCAUGCCCCAUUGGCUAUGGGCAUGCUCUGACACUCACUCAUCCAGUCCCAGUUAUGGGCAAAUAGCCAAACAGACAGAGGGCGCAAGUCAAGAAAGACAAUCUGUCUAGGAGAAGGACAACUCAGAUGCCAAACCCAUGCAGAAGCAGCAUGCAAGUCCAGUAAGACAAGCUUCUACGGGAUGGAAACCCAGACAGAAACACUCCUCCUGACUUCCCAGGAUUAGAAUCUUCAUUCAGAGAGCGUGAGGAUGAUGUUAUAUUGUAAUGAAUCCCACGUCCUAAGCGGCUACAGUUUACAGAUUCGGAUAAAUGUCCAAUCGAUGAUGGAGAAGACAUACUGUCACUUAACAAACCACCUGUUAAGAAACACAAAGCUGAUACGAACAUCAAAAAUGCAAAACUGCCAGCACUACCAGCUCUGCCAGACUUUAUCAAGUCUCCUUGUCACAAAUGAUGCACCACAGACCGGAGACUCUGACCGCACGUAUGAAGGACUUCAAGAAAGGAGAGACUCUUCACAAUACUCCAAACUCACCGUGUAUCAAAAUCUACACAGCUCUGAACCAAACUACAGCAACGUGACAACUUUGUCUGCAUGAUAAUUAUAUAAUGAAAAACACGAUAAGAGCGUCGGUAAAAUGUUUUAAAAAACUAAUGAAGAUUAUAACAGCUUUUUAUAACCUCAACAUGGCAUAAAAAUUGCAUUUGACAAAUUACAGACUUCUUUAAUAAAAAAGGCAAAAUUCUUACAUUAUUGGAAAUUGAAGAAAAUGUUAACACUACACUGUCUUUUGUUACUUAUUGCGGGUGUUGUUAAAGCAAUUAGAAAAUAUUUCACAAGAUAAUAUAUACUCUUCAAAAUAUAUUUCUAACAUUAUUUUUUAAAUAAAACAGUAGUGUAUAUUUUAAUAUAAUGUUAUUCAACAGCUAGUGGACGUGAUAUCAUUCAAUUUUGAAGCCAACAAAUACACUAUUUGGAAAUGUGGGUGGGCAGACAAUAUCCAUUACUAUGGUUCCACAGGUAUGACCGCUUGACAGAUAACUGAUUCGCAUUCAUACACACAUUCAUGACAAGCUCCAGAGUAUACAAUCUUUUGUUGUGUUUUAUUACCCAAGAACAAACAUUGUGUGAAUCACCAUUUGUAUUUGUUGCUCUUGAGGCGGUGCCUAGGGUUAAUCAGGUGAUUUGUGUCUUAUUACCUGAGUAUAUCAACCAUGUAUCCCUGGCAUGAUUGCCUGGUGGUUAUCCACAGCUUCAUGUCCCCUUGUUGGACUCAGUGGUGGGUGGGGGGCAUGGUUGAUGAAUUAUGGUUUCAAGCAAUUUAAUAUCAAUUGAUGGAACUCUGAAAAGGGUCCACACCGAAGUUUCGGACUCUUCAUCAACAGAUGAAGAGUCUACUACAUUGUCUGUAAAGAAAUCCAGAGUGAUUUCUUCAAAAACCUGGCCAAGGUUUCUUGUCAUCGGUUCUACUGAUGAUAAGGCCUUGAAGAAAUUGUCACCCUUUGUGAUAUCAUUCAAUUUUGAAGCCGACAAAUACACUAUUUGGCAUCAUUGGAAAUGUGGGUGGGCAGACAAUAUCCAUUACUAUGGUUCCACAGGUCACAUAUUCUACGUUAAAAACAUGCACAUACAGCACAUAAAUGACCGCUUGGCAGAUAACUGAUUCGCAUUCAUACACGCAUUAUCGAUAGCGUCGCUAGCUUAUAUUGAAAUUAUGUCCCAGCUGACAGAAUCCCCAACGUAAAAACCAACCAGAUGGAAACGGGUGAGUCCCACACACCAUUUGCACGUGAUGUAAACACACAUCGGAGUAUCAUAUCUACAUUUUGGCACGUUAACAGCAAACUGGAAUGUCACGUGAUCGCCCAAGAUCCGGUCGCCCGAGAGUUACUACAGCGGCGUUGCUAUUGAAAUGGUUUUGUUUGAUGACUAUGAAUACAUACGUCAGUUAUGGAGUGUCACCGUAGUACGUUUGCUUAAAUGUCAAUCUAAUUUGAAAAGUUACAAAUUCUGAAAGUAUGUGAUCUGAAAAAUAUCACUUUCUCUGAUUAUACUGGAUAUGCUAGUUAUUAUAUGAUAAAUAUGUGAAUUUAUUGAUGCUACGCGAUUGUAUACAAGUUGUGACUGUUAUAUAUACAAUUAUGUGUGUGUCUGUGUGUGCGUGUGUGUGUGUGUUUGUAUGCAUGUGUGUGUGCAUGUGUGUGUGCAUUAUUAUAUAUCUUACUACAUACAUAUAUACUUAUUAUUCUGUUCAAUAUCUAUAUAUAUAUCCUGUCCAUUUAGAGAUUAAAAUUAGAAAUAAUUCAAUAUUUGUAAUACUUAUGUAACUUAUGUCUAUUAUAUCUGCUUCUUCUUCCCUGGGGCAAAUUCCAGUGUAAACAUGAAAUACCUCCCCCACCCUCCCCGCAAAAAUAAUAAUAUUAUUAAAAGAAACAAUUUUAACGGCACCUCAUGAUUCCUUCAUAUAGAGAUGAUGUUCAUUUAUUGUAUAUAAAUUUAUUGCAAUUUUAUACAUGUAUUUGUUCAUACAGUAUCAUUAGGCUUUUACAAGUUGUAUAUAUAAGCAAGUUAAAGGGAGGAAAUGUUUUAUUUAACGACGCACUCAACACAUUUUAUUUACGGUUAUAUGGCGUCAGACAUAUGGUUAAAGACCACAUAGAUAUUGAGAGAGAAAACCCGCUGUC